AUGCUUUUAUUUAUUUUUGCUUUUUUCAAAGUGUCUCUACUGAACGAAAUGUGUCAAACCUGUGGCAAUGACAGCCAACCAUGCGUUAUCAAUCACGUGCCUGUCGGUGAUCGAGUACCCGGGGACGGCGCAAGUUCCUCAGCACCAGAUGACCUGCACCGGAUCAGCGUCGACGGCACCUCCGCAAACUAUUUUAACCCAUUCUCGAUAGAAGACCCUAGAACCAAUAUAAUCGAGGAAACAGAGGGAAUGCUGCGAGCACCGAGGUACUACAGAGGAAUAUAUUGUCCAUCUAUCACUAAUACGUUUAAGAACCAAGGAGUAGAGAUAUCAUACCAGAGAUAUUCACAGAGACAGCGACAGAAGUCACUGAUUAUCGUCAACGUGGUCGACUUAGCACUUAAAGUAUGUCUGGCGAUAAUUUACUCCGUCACAAACACAAAUACAAGUCCCCCAUUGUACCAAAUCGUGUGGACGACAGCAUUCUCAAUGUUGAACGUAGGAGUGUGCCUGCUGGGGUGGUGGCGCUGCUUCGCUAACAACUAUCUACACUGGGCGGCCGCAGCCACCUGGAUUCUGCUCAUCGCUCAAGGUAUCAUUUUACCAGCUCUAAGCGGCCAGGGGUUGGGGUUUCAAGAGCCUCAGAAUCAGGUAUGGUACAUGCUGUUCAUCGUGUUCGUGCCGUACGCGAUGUUCCCGUUGUCUUUAUGCUGGUGCAUCACCAUCGGGAUGCUGUCCUUCAUCUCCCAUGUGCUAAUCACCGCCGUCGAUAUUCAGAGAUACAUGAACGAUACCAGAAAAGUCGUUUUUUGUACAAUCGAUUCAAACAUUUGUACUCUACGCGUGAUAGCGGGCAACGUGUUGUUAUAUUUGGCUGUGAACUUUGCGGGGCUGUACGCAAAAUCACUAACUGACUGGAGUCAGAGGAAGGAAUUUUACGAAAUACGUCGUUCUAUGGUCACAAGAGAACGCGUCAAGAGGGAGAGCAGUCGUCAAUGGAAACUGUUUCGAAGCGUGAUACCAGACUUCAUAGCUAAUGAGAUAUACAGCCACGUGAACAAAGUGAAGGGUGAUUUACAUGAGCAGCAGUUCAACAACCUCUACAUACAGCGGCACAAAGACGUCUCUAUACUUUACGCUGACAUCAAAGGAUUCACUGAGCUGUCAAGCAAAUGUAGUGCGCAGGAGUUGGUGAAGUUGUUGAACGAAUUGUUCGCUCGCUUCGACAGGUUGGCAGCGGAGAACGACUGCCUCCGCAUCAAGUUAUUGGGCGACUGUUAUUUUUGCGUGAGCGGUCUGCCUGAAAAGCGGGACGACCACGCGCUCUGCUGCGUAAACAUGGGACUGCACAUGAUCCAUGCUAUUCGAGACGUCCGCUAUAACACACAGGUGGAUUUAGAUAUGCGUAUCGGCAUCCACAGUGGGAUAGUACUGUGCGGCGUCCUGGGAUUCCUAAAGUGGCAGUUCGAUCUCUGGUCCCAUGACGUUACACUCGCCAACCAUAUGGAGAGCGGAGGUCUUCCCGGACGCGUGCACAUAUCGUCGGCAACAUUGGACUGCCUCCAAGGGGCCUUCGAAGUGGAGCCGGGGGACGGUGGGUCGCGUGACUCCUUCCUGCGCGAACUAGAUGUCACCACCUAUCUAAUCAAGAGUAAUGCACAGCCUACUAAACUUAAAGCUAAAAACAGCUUACCAACACAAAAGUUGUGCGAGUCGACGACACCGCGACACCUCAGCAUCGUGGAAGAUGAAAUGACCGCGGACUGGACGCCUGAGAUGCCUUUCCAACAUUAUUACGAUGGGCCUGCGGGGGUAGUUCGGCCCCGUCGUUUGAAGAGUGACCAGCACUGCGAAGGGCUCGAGGAUGAGCCCAUGUCCGAUAUCGAGGUUAGCUCCUGUCCUGUCGACGCCGUCAUCACUGAAGAUGAUUUGAUAAACCAUUUGAUCGAAGUGGACUCGAACCGCCGCAUGAGAGAAGAACACAUGCAUUUAUGGUCGCUUCGGUUCAAACAACCUUACUUAGAGGAUAGAUAUGGACAGCUUGAAGAGAAGACCUUUAAGUCCAACAUUAUGUGUUGUUUUGUGCUAUGGCUGUUUAUAGUAGCUGUCCAGGUUGUAUUAAAUUACAACUGCUGGAACGUUGUACUAGUUCACGUGGUGAUGACUAUUCCACUAACACUCACCUUUUUACUAGUGAUGCUUGAAGAGUUCCCCGGAAAACUGCCACGUCUCUCCAAGAUAUCUAACUUCUUUUCCUCUACCAGGCGACGGAGGAACAUCGUACUAUGCUCCUAUAUCACAAUCAUUUCCUUUUCUAGCACAUUGAAGUUAUACGUAUGUGACUUGUCAUACAUUAAGGAUUGGAAUAAAAAUGAAACAUGUAAUAGUACAGAGGUAUUGGCCAAGGAAAAAUACGAUCCAGGAGAAUGCUACCACCCCGAAUACGUAGUGUUCACAUGGGUGCUGUCUUUGGUUGCGCUGACAUCGGUGCUCAAGCUGUACUAUAUGGUCAAGACAAUGCUGGCUGUCGCUAAGGUGGUGAUGUACUGCGUGUUGCUGAGAAUUUUCUACAACUAUGCCACUGUCAAUUCCAGUCAUUUACCCGCCUACAUACAAAUGCUGAUCCUCAUGAUAGUAUUUCUCGUGGUGGUGGUGUACCACGCUCGGCUAGUGGAAGCCACGGCGAGACUGGACUUCGUGUGGAAGCAGCAAGCGGAAAACGACCGCAACGAGAUGGAAGAGACCCAGAAGAUAAACAGGCAGCUCCUCAAACAUAUACUACCGGACCACGUCGUAACACAUUUCUUACGGAAAGAUUGGUGUGUUGAUAAGCUGUAUUCUCAAUGGCGAGACGAAGUGGGGGUCAUGUUUGCAGGCAUCCCGAACUUCCACGAGUUCUACUUUGAAGAAAAAGCCGUCGACUGCAUGCGGUUGCUCAAUGAAAUCAUUUAUGAUUUUGACAAGCUGCUGAUGCAGCAGCGAUUUAAGAGUAUAGAGAAGAUUAAGACGAUAGCGGCUACGUAUAUGGCAGCAUCUGGACUCAAUCCUAAUCAGAACCAAUCAGGCGAGGUCUGUGAGCACCUGUGCGCCUUAGUUGAUUAUGCGUUUGCGUUGAAAGAGGCGCUUGAAGACAUCAACCAACACAGCUUCAACAAGUUCCGACUAAGAGUAGGUAUAAGCUGCGGUCCACUAGUGGGCGGGGUAAUCGGCGCGCGCAAGCCUGUGUACGAUAUCUGGGGCAACACUGUCAACGAGGCCUCGAGAAUGGAGACUACCGGCGCCAUGGAUAAAAUACAAGUCACAAAAUACACCAAGCAGCUGCUAGAGCGUUGUGGUUAUACGCUGAGCCGGCGCGGCGAAGUUCAAGUGAAAGGCAAGGGCACUAUGGAGACGUGGUGGGUGGUGGGAACUCGUGGCGCGCAGCCCUCCGAGGGCGCCUCCCGCCCCACUCCAGCGCCGCCACGCUCUCUCGCCUCCCUGGUCUACACCAUGCUGCAGGCGCGCAAACGCAUCAACACGCAUCCGCUCGACGCUACCAAUUUGCCGCGGCGCGGCGGGAGCAUGCGGCCGGGGCGCGCGGAGACUGCGCCCAGCGGCUCGCAUCGGCACCGCUCUGAGAUGCGACGGACGAGAAACACUAGGACGAUAAAUAACGAGAUGGAGCUGGUGGAGAGGCGGCGCACGUCCCGCUCGAUGAUGGUCCGGCGCGUGGAGGCGAGCGCGUCGGCGGCGCCCGCGUCUCUGUCGGCGCCGCACACGCCCACCGGCGGGCACGCGCCGCACCCCCCGCACUCCCCGCACUCGCCCUACCCGCACCAACAACACCUGCCCCCUAAGGAUAAGCAUAAGAGCUUAGGUGCACGACUACAGGCAGCCAGCUUCUCAUACCGUAUGAGACCGCGAGAAAAGUCACCAAAGACCCAGGAUCAGUCGAACGAAGGAACAAUCUCGUCCAUUGCGACGAACGGUACAACACCUUCGUUCCGCACACGGUCAAGUACUGCCGCGUCUUUCUUCAGAAAGAAGAAGAAACAAGAGAUAAUGGAUAGCGAAGGAAAAGAAAACGGUGAUGUUGUGACUACAAGAAUGUAG